AUGGAAAUGAUCAAACGUUAUAUCAAAAGCAUUUCAAUCGUAUUGAACGCCAAUGUUGUGGUGAAUCGUUGUCUUCUCACCACUUCCUCUCGAGUUAACCAAUUGGUUGAUAUCUAUCGACCGCAACGAGCGAUACGAGCCAUGAGUCCAGACCAGGAGAAGAAGACGUCCGGCGAGCGUAUGGUCUAUAAGCUGGUGCUGACGGGCGGGCCGUGCAGUGGGAAGACCACAGGACAGGCGAGACUCAGCACAUUCUUCGAGAACCUGGGAUGGAAAGUGUAUAGAGUGCCCGAAACGGCCACCACUUUGUUCAGCGGUGGCAUACGAUUCCCGGACCUGAGCCCAGAGGCGGCCGACAAGUUCCAGGAGAACCUGAUUCGCGUGAUGUUAGCGACGGAAACGACAUUCUUUGAUUUGGCCGAUUCCUCCAAACGCAACGUUCUGGUGAUCUGCGACCGCGGAAUCAUGGAUGCGGCCGCCUAUAUGUCCAAAGAGUCCUGGGAUCGCGUCCUCAAAAGCAACGGCUGGAAUGCCGUGGAGUUGCGCGACAAUCGCUACAAUCAAGUGAUUCAUUUGAAUACCGCCGCCAACGGAGCCGAAGCUUACUAUAACAUUGAGGACAACCCGUGCCGUACGGAAGGUCUGGAACAGGCGAGACAUCUCGAUAAGAUGACCGUCGAGGCGUGGGUCGGACACCCGUAUAUCGAUGUGAUCGACAACUCCACCGAUUUUGACACCAAAUUGAAGCGAAUGAUUGCCAAUGUGUGCAAACGUAUGGGCAUUGACGCCGGCGACCGAUUGGCGCCCACGAGUCGCAAAUUCAAAUUCUUGGUCGAAGGCAUGCCGACCGACACGAUGUUCCCGCCCUUCCAAGACUUUGAAGUGGUUCACGACUACUUGACCUCUUCUAACAACAAAAUACAAUCCCGUUUACGAAAACGCGGACAAAAUGGCAAAUGGAGUUAUCAGCACACCGUCCGCAGGAGUGAUGCCGGAGAUAAAGCUGUGGAACUGAGGCGACAGAUCACUCAUCGAGAUUAUAUCAAUAUGUUGUCUCAGAGAGACGACUCUCACUUAACUGUUUACAAGACUCGGCGCUGUUUUCUUUGGGAAGACAUUUACUUCCAAUUGGAUAUCUAUAAGAAUCCAUGCAAUAAGCGUUGCGAAGGGCUUAUACUGUUGGAGACGUACACGACAUUAAAGAGUAGGGAAAACACACCGAAAUUACCGCAAUUCCUGAAGAUUGUCAAAGAGGUAACCAAUGAUUCCUCGUAUUCGAUGUACAACUUGUCGUCGAAGAAUGAAUGGAAUAAGAGCUCCAAAAUGAAUAACGGAGUGAAACCGUAAUUGCGUUGAAACGAGAAUAUUAGGCAAAAUGUUAUUUCAAGAAUAUUGUGAUUAAUUUGGAGUUUUAAAAAUCACUAAAAUAUUUGUUUUAAUAGUUAUUAUAUGUUAUAAAGA